GUAAAUACGUGUCAGAAACGUCAAUUCUGACAUUUUCGAAGAAAGUUGUUAAUUUUUGUCCCAUAUUUAAGGAAAAACUAUAAUUAAGGCAUUUUCUAGUGCUGUGAUAAAUAAAAGUUUGCUAAACUAAAUGCAUUAAAAUUGUGUGUGUUUGUGAAACCAAAAUAAUUGGACAAUAGGGUCUCUACAUAUAUAGAUUUAAUGUUUUGUAUUCCAAAUAUGAAAUGUUAUCUAGAAGAAAAGGAAAAGUUACUGAAGGCGAUCAAUCAGUAUUAAUCGGCAAUAAUAGUUUUUACUCGUCGCCGCAGAACAAUUUACAGUACAUAAAUUCAGCAUAUCCAAACAAUGUUACACCAGAUUAUUAUCUAGAAGAAGAGGAUCACAUUGAGGAUAUAGAACCUGAAUUCAUAAUGACAGCCAGAGAUAGAACUAGUGAAUUUGUAAAUACAAUACAAACGUUACAGGGAAGAAAUAUAGCAAGGGCGGGUAGCAGCUAGAGAUCCAAAACGAUCCAAGGUUAUUCAGAGUCAUUCUGAGUUUAUGUUAAUUGCUAAAAAUAUUGGAAAGAAUAUAGCUAGUACUUACACUAAGCUUGAAAAACUGACAUUAUUGGCAAAAAGAAAGUCUCUCUUCGACGACCGCACAGUAGAAAUUCAAGAACUAACUUACAUAAUAAAAGGAGAUUUGGGCAGUUUAAACCAACAAAUCGCUCAACUGCAAGAUGUAUCAAAACGUCAGAAAAACCAAGCAAACGGCAAGCACUUGCAAUCACACUCGAGCAGCGUAGUUUUGGCGUUGCAAUCGAAACUUGCCAGCAUGUCGACGGAUUUCAAGCAAAUAUUGGAAGUACGAACGGAAAAUCUGAGACACCAAAAAAGUCGAAGGGAUCAAUUUUCUCAGGGGGGGCUGCCGCCUCCAGCAGUGGCGGGGCCGACGCAGGGCAGCUUGUUGUACCAAGAACAAGAUUCCGUGAGCAUUAAUCUGGAAAGCUCUCCUUUGAUAACGCAGCAAUCGCAGAUGCAAGCAGCUUUGAUGUUCGAUGAGACCGACAAUUAUCUGCAAAAUCGGGCGGAAACUAUGCAGAACAUUGAGACUACUAUUGUGGAACUUGGUGGCAUAUUCCAACAGUUGGCACACAUGGUGAAAGAACAAGAGGAAAUGGUGGAAAGAAUCGACAGCAACGUGGAAGAUGCUGAAAUGAACAUCGAAGCUGCGCAUGCGCAAAUACUAAAGUACUUCCAAUCAGUUUCUUCCAAUCGUUGGCUUAUGAUAAAAAUUUUCGGGGUUUUGAUAUUCUUCUUUAUAUUCUUUGUAGUAUUUUUAGCCUAAUUAAAAUGGAAUUAAUAAUGACUACGGAGGUGUAAUAUAUAUAUUUUUAAUUAAUAAUUAGGUUUGUAUAUAUGCUAUUUAUCACACUCUGUUGGAAUCUAAUAAAAAUUUAUUAUCAGAUGGAAAAA